AUGAGGACUCAUACCAAAGUCGCAGGAACCCCGGAUUAUGACCACCCGGCUUUCUGGGACAAGAAGUUUGCUACCGGCCAAGAUGUCGGUGAAUGGUUGAAUCCGGGAGAAAGUCUCAUCCAGGCCACUCUGUCCCAUUUAGAGACACGACCGUUUGUUCCAGAACGAUCCCCUCGAGUGUUACAUCUCGGACCCGGAAUUUCGAAACUAGGGACAAAGCUUCGCGAAGCUUUUGUGGAACGCGACUGGGCGGGGUCUGGCAUUGUUAACGUCGACUUUUCGUCCGAAGCCGUCCGCCUUGGCCAGGAAAUCGAGAGCCAACAAGACCCGUCGCAUGCAAUGCGCUGGUCGCACAUUGAUCUGCGAUCGUGGAAGGAUGUCUCAUGCCUGAUUCCGUUUGCACCUUUCGAUGUAAUCCUCGAUAAAAGCACAAGCGACGCCAUUGCGACCUCUACACCCGCCACGUUUUCACCGACCUCCACCACACAAGACCUUUGCCCGGUGGUGCGCGAAGCCUUAGACAUGCAGGGAGAAACAACCCUAUCUCCGGUCGAGCUGUUAGCGUUACAUCUUGUUCCGUUGACAGACCAGGGGUCGACUUGGAUUACCCUUUCCUAUUCGACGAUGCGAUUUGAUAAUCUUUCUCGAUUGUCGCGAUACUGGGACAUUGUCUCGCGUACCCCGUUGAAGGCUCCCCAGGGCCAGACGUCUUCUUUUGCCUACGCGCCGGAGGUUUUUCAUUGGGUAUAUAUACUGCGACGCAAGUGA